GGUUUUAACCUCGUAGCAACUUCGCACAGAUAUUUCCUUUAUCCUACAUAUAAUUGAGAAAAGCACGAAUAAUUCCAUUGUGAUAAGAGAAAAAGAUCCGUAAGAGUGAAGAUAAAAAGUAAGUAAGAAUAUUAAAAAACAUGAUACAGCGUUCCACAGAAAACGAAGAAUCUCAACUCAAUUUAUCUACCUAUUAUAACCUAUUACGAGCAAAAAUAAUAUGAUGCAAUGCAUUGACUGAAGCUGGAAAAUAUCGGAAGACACAAGUUAAUAAUAUUGAAUAACAAGUUAAUAUAUUUCCUUAUUAGAGAUAAGAGAACAAAAUUCGCAAGAGUGAAGAUAAAGUAGUGAAUAGAAAAUCGAAAAUAGUAUAUAUAGCAUUGAAUAGUGCCAUAAAGAUUGAAGGAUUCGAUCCAGCAUAGAUUCUAAUCCUAACAUAGUCUAAUUUAUAAAAGAUGGAAAAAUCACAGAAAAUGCCCAAAGUGGCAAAGGUAAAAAACAAAGCGCCCGCGGAGAUACAAAUCACCGCGGAGCAGUUGUUGCGUGAAGCAAAGGAGCGCGACUUGGAGAUACUGCCGCCACCGCCGAAACAAAAAAUAUCAGAUCCUCAUGAACUCGCGGACUACCAGCAUCGCAAGCGCAAAGCGUUCGAGGAUAUAAUUCGUAAAAACCGCAUGAUUAUUACGAAUUGGACUAAGUACGCGCAAUGGGAGGAAUCGCAAAAACAGAUACAGCGAGCGAGAUCCAUCUACGAGCGAGCGCUGGAAGUGGAUCAUCGAAAUAUUGCAUUAUGGCUCAAAUAUACGGAGAUGGAAAUGCGCAAUCGACAGGUAAAUCACGCCAGAAAUUUAUGGGAUAGGGCGGUGACCCUGCUGCCGCGGGCCAAUCAAUUCUGGUAUAAAUACACUUAUAUGGAAGAGACUUUGGAGAAUAUCGCUGGUGCACGUCAAGUUUUUGAGCGAUGGAUGGAGUGGGAACCGGACGAGCAGGCCUGGCAGACAUACAUAAAGUUCGAGCUUCGUUACAAGGAGAUAGAUCGAGCUCGACAAAUCUAUGAGCGCUUUGUAAUGGUUCAUCCAGAUGUGAAGCACUGGAUAAAGUACGCCCGCUUCGAAGAGUCGUAUGGAUUCAUCAAGGGUGCGCGUGCGGUAUAUGAACGAGCUGUAAGCUUUUAUGGAGACGAAGGUCUUGAUGAGAAGCUGUUUUUGGCGUUCGCCAAAUUCGAAGAGGGUCAACGAGAACACGAUCGUGCUCGUGUAAUUUACAAAUACGCGCUCGAUCAUUUACCGAAGAGCAACACUCAGGAGAUCUACAAGGCGUAUACGAUUCACGAAAAGAAGUACGGCGAUCGCUCAGGUAUCGAAGACGUAAUAGUCAGUAAGCGGAAAUAUCAAUACGAACAGGAGAUUAAAGAGAAUCCCUCUAAUUACGACGCGUGGUUCGAUUACUUGAGAUUGGUGGAGUCGGAAGGUAACGUUGACGUGAUUCGUGAAACUUAUGAGCGAGCGAUAGCUAAUGUGCCGCCCACCAAGGAAAAACAAUUUUGGCGAAGAUACAUCUAUUUAUGGAUCAAGUACGCUCUUUUCGAGGAACUUGAGGCAAAGGAUAUCGAACGGUGCCGACAGGUGUACAAAGUAUGCCUCGACCUUAUACCGCACAAGCAAUUUACCUUUUCGAAAAUCUGGCUUCUUUACGCGUACUUCGAGAUACGACAAAAGAAUCUGGCUAAGGCGAGAAAAACAUUGGGAUUGGCGUUGGGAAUAUGUCCAUCGGACAAGCUUUUCCGAAACUAUAUUGAUCUCGAGAUACAGCUGGUGGAGUUUGAUCGUUGUCGGAAGCUUUACGAGAAAUUCCUCGAGUUUGGGCCGGAGAACUGCACCACUUGGAUGCGAUUCGCCGAGCUGGAGACGCGAUUGGGCGAGAUAGAUCGCGCCCGGGCGAUAUACGAAUGCGCUGUCGCACGACCUCGGCUGGACAUGCCGGAGCUGCUGUGGAAAUCGUAUAUCGAUUUUGAAAUUGCCCAAGGCGAGACGGAAAACGCCCGUCAGCUGUUCGAACGAUUGUUAGAGCGUACGUUACAUGUCAAGGUCUGGAUAGCGUAUGCAAAAUUUGAGCUACUCAAUCCGCAGCUGGAGGAUAACCCAGACAACGUCGUUUUGGCGAGACGUAUCUUCGAGCGCGGAAACGACGCGCUGAGAUCCAGCGGCGAUACCGAGAGUCGAGUAUUGCUAUUGGAAGCGUGGAAAGAUUUCGAGAGUGAGAAGGGCACCGCGGAAAGUCUCGCGAAGAUUAUGGAGAAAAUGCCGCGUAGGGUGAAGAAGAAGAGGCGCGUCGUCGGCGAAGACGGCAGCGACGACGGCUGGGAGGAAGUUUUAGACUUUGUAUUUCCAGAAGACGAAUCGCAGAGGCCGAACCUAAAGUUUUUGGCUUCUGCAAAGGCUUGGAGAAAGAAAAGCGAAUCUUAAGAUAAUUUUAUAUAUGUAUAUAUAAUUGUGUGUAUAUAUAUCUGUACAUAUGUGUGGAUGUGUGUAUGAUUACAUUUGAUUAGAUAGUAUUAUUUUUAUAUUUCAUAGUUUCCAAUAUAAAGGUGUAUAAGUUGUAAAGUUUGAAUUCUGAACAUGUAAAUAAUAAUUCUAAAACAUGUAAAAAGAGAGGGGCAGAAUAAAAACAACUUGAUUU